AUGGUUUCCGAAGAACUCCUCGAUAAGUCGCUGGAGAUCCUGCAGGAUCAGGCUCUCGAUGAAGAAGAGCAGGUGGAAAAGAUUGAAGAUUUCUUGCGCGCCAACUCCUCCUUGUCGGGUUCGUCCCUGGAGAAUGCCAUCUUGGACAUCUUAUGGCGGCAUCGCAAUCGCACCCUGCCCGACUCCUCCCCGCCUCCAGCCCGUCACACAGUUAUUCGCCGGUCAUCGCCUGCACCAUGGCAGAUGGCUCGCGCUUCAACACCGCUGUCGCCCCAGCAAGCAACACUAGGAACCAGCCCAGGGAGUACCUCGUGGGUGCAGAACUCGCGCGGGGCAUUCGCCCGAGCUCCGCGUUCCUCAACUGGCUCCCCGUUUACCUCUCCUCGACCAUCGCCCCGCCUUGCUCUGGCGCAACCUAUUCCACACUCGCCAAGCUUGAAUGCGUAUGAAUUUUCAGAUCAAAGUCAACUUUCAAAUUUUUAUGAUGAUCUGGGUAGUGAUAGCAAUGUGGAUUGGUUGGUCGGAGAUGAUGCCAACAGUACUACCUCAUCAACAGGUGGCCUGAGCGUCCCCGGGUCCUUGAGUGCGACUGCUGCGGAGUUUGUCCCCGAUAUGAGCCCACAUGAUAUCUUGCGCACCGUACUGGGAGACAAAAGAACGAAUGAGGAGAUUGAGACUGCUCUGGAAGCGAAUAGUUAUGAUCUCGGUGCUACCAUCGCGGCCCUCUCACAAGACUCGGAGGCAGAUACCGUGUUGAAGCAAACUGAAGAUGCCCGUGUCCUGGUUGGUAAAUCUAUGGCCAUGGAACAAAUCCGUCCGGUGACGCCGUCGGGCAACGGUCGCAGUCCAGUGGUUUGCAAAUACUGGCUGUCCACUGGGCAGUGUCUGAGGGCUGACUGUCGAUUCAGCCAUGACCUCACCAGCCAUGUGUGCAAAUACUGGGUGAUGGGUAAUUGCUUAGCAGGAGAUGGCUGUCCGUUCUCUCAUGACCCUUCGGCCCUAAUCUCCAACCUCAGCGUCUCAAGCAACAGUCGCCCAGUCUCACCAGCACCGAGUUCUCUGUUCCAGGUGGACAGCAACUCAGAUGCAUUCCCUCCGCUCUCAUCAAAUGGCAUGGAGGAUCAGUGGGCAAAUCAAUACAGUAGCCGCUACCCUGCCCUCGGCUCUCAAGCAAAGGUUAUCCCCCCUGGACUUCACCCUGGCAUGGGCAGACGCAAUGGCAGCAUGACCCAUCUUGGACGGCCAAACUCUCGUCCAACCAGUCGCCAUCAGAACCGACCCGAGCUCAACCCAUCUGCUUUGUCUGUUGACGAUCCAGAUGCUUUCCCCACUUUGGCCGCUGUCAGCGCAAAGAAUGCAAGCAAGAAGCAUCACGGGAAACGGGGAGCUCAUAAUGGGGCCAAAGAAAUCAUCCCCUCCUCGCUUGCAGACGUUGUUCGCAUGUCACCCUCACCUGGCCCCACUAAGGGGAAAAAUGCCCCCAAGAAUGCCAAGGAGACCAAGGGCCGUGAGAAUAGUGCUGCAGCCAUGGCGAUUCCUGCUCCGCAGAAUAUUCCCUGGCUUGAGACGGGUGCACGGGCGAACCAACAAUACAUCAAGUAUCGCACAGAAGCUAUUCGCCACGGGACUGUGCGCAACAAGUUCUUGCAAAGUGCUGCUCAAGCUUGGAACCGCAGUGAUGCACGGGCUGCCAAGGCACUUUCUCUCCGUGGCCAAGCAGAGAACGAUGCCAUGCGCCGCUGCCACCGAGAAGCAGCACGCCAGCUGUACGAAGAGCGCAAUCAACAUCUGCUCCAGGCAGGCCUGGAUGGAGCUUCGGAAGAGCUCUACGUUGAUUUGCACGGUCUCCACCCUGAAGAAGCGAUCGAAUACCUCGAAAAGAUUCUGCUCAAGCACGCUCGAGAAGGUAUACCGGUGGUAUACGCUAUCACCGGUACAGGCCACCACUCGAAAAACGGCAAGGACAAGAUCGGCAAGGCUGUCAAGGCCUGGCUCAAUGAAUGGCGCUACCUAUUCCGUGAAUUUAGUGUUCCUGGUGAGCGGGGUGGUUACGUUGGUGGUAUCCUUGGCAUUGAUCCAUCCAGCUAUGACAAGUCUCUCGCCAAGGCCCUGGCAGAGAGUGAUGAUGUCUCGGCCGAUGGAAGCCAGCCCACCCUCACGAUGGGCAAGAUCCAGUUGCUCAGACGGGAGGAUUUAGAAACGAAAAACUCAUGA